AUUCGCUCUACUUUGCCGUUUUAUCUUUUUUAUUCCUCCUUCUUGGGAUUUCCCACUGAAACUUCAUGUCCUCUGUAACUUGAUACAACCUCCGUUUUACAAAAAGAACAUCGGAUGGAGCCAAAGACACUCUGAGGAAAAAAUGGAUACAGCAGAGUUUGGUAAUAGAAGAACUGGGACAGUUAAAGCAGCCAUUAAUUUGUAUGGAGAUAGGGUUCUUGAAGGUGCUCCUCAACUCAAGAAAGCCCAGAUGGAUUUCUCAGAGAAGUCCUCUUCAAGAGCCAGGGAACUCCAUCUGGCACGAAGGGAAAUUGGUCAAUACGAAGAGAGCAAAAGGGAUGCUGAGUCAGCAAGAGCCCAAGCAGAUUCUGAUCUCUCUAAUGCAAAGAAAACGGUGAAAGAUCUAUCUUUGUUAAUCGAGAAGUCGAAUUCGAAGGCCAAGGCGAAGGUGCGAGACAUUGAGAUGCUAAAGAAAUCGAGAAGGCGUAAUGCACGGACAAUGACAACAGGGGACAUUGAGAGUGACCAGUAUGCAGAAGUGAUGAGAGAAUUGGAAUUUGUGAAACAGGAAUUGAGUAGGCUUAAGCUUGACAUGGCUCAUGUCUUGGAACAGAAAUCGUGGACGGAGAAGGAAGUAAAAGCCUCGACUUCCAAAAUGUUUUCUUAUUCGAAGUCCGUUCGAACCCUUAGGAAGGAAAUUCAGGAAUCCAAUGAAGAGCAAGUGCUUGUUGAGUUGGCGAGAAUUGAGGCUUUGAAAGAACUUGGAGAGAUUGAAGCUCAGAGAGAAAAGGAAGCCACUGAAUUCUCCGCAGCAAUGGAGAAAACCAAGCAGAAGAUGAAGGACAUUACUGAAGAUAUCGACCAAUCAAAAGAGCUCGAAACCAAAUUGGCUAUCACGCUGUCUGAUGUCGGUAUGUUGCAGAAUGAACUAAAGCUGGUGAAGGAAAUGGACAAAAAGGUUCAAAGAAAUGAUAGCUUGAAUCGUGGCAGUUUUCGAAAAGAAGAAUUGGGAGUCUCACCUUCAUUGGAGUCAGUCAAGGAAGAAUUAGAGGCAGCUAAAAAGGAAUUGGCUUUGGUCAGAGAAGAGGGAUUUCAGUUCAUGGCCUCCAUGGAUGUCAUAAGAAAUGAGCUAAAGCAUGUCAAGGAAGAGACGGCUUGUUUCAAGAAAAUAGAAGAGAAGUCUGAUUUAACCGUUCAGAAUCUCAAUUCCAAGCUGCUCAGAGCGAAGUCCAAGUUGGAAGCUGUAUCUGCAGCCGAGGAAAAGGCUAGCUCAAUUGUGUCUAAUCUAUUACUCACUCUUGAACAACUAAAGACACAAGCAGAGGCUGCAGAGAGAGAAAAGGAGCUUAUCACAGCAGAAACUGCAGCCAUUAGAGAAGACGUUUUAAAAACCGAGUCUGACAUAGACUUAACCGAAGAGAGAUUACAGGUUGCCAUGCAAGAGCUUGAGAUUGUCAAAUCAUCAGAAGCUUUAGCUCUAGAGAGGCUAAAAACACUUGCUGAGAAUACAAUGAGAAGCAGGGCUUCAACAUCUCGGCAUAGUUCCAAGAUUACCAUUUCAAAGUUUGAAUAUGAGUAUUUGAAUGGGCGUGCAGGUGGGGCUCAAGAAAUUGCAGAUAAGAAGGUUGCAGCAGCUAAUGGUUGGAUUGAAGCUCUAAAGGCCAGUGAGAAGGAGAUGUUGAUGAAGACGGAAUUGGCUGAGAAAGAGAUCAGACAGACGAGGGUGAUAGAAGAACGAGUGGUAUACAGAGCUAAUAAAUCACUUUCUUCAAAGCAAAUGGUUGAGGGAGGAUUACAGAACUGGAGACAGAAACGGGAGAAGAACGCUGAAAAUUCAGAAGCUGAAAAUUUUCAACUUGCAUCUCGUAGAAAAUCUUUAAGAAUUAAUGGCAACUUGACUCCAUCCAAGCGAGCUAAGUUUCGAAUGUCUGCUUCACCAGCAGCUCGAAAGUCAGACUCACCAGCAGUUCGAAAGUCUGCCUCGCCAGGAGCACGACAUAUUAAUUCAUUCACUAUUAAGAAGAAAAAGAAGGUAAUGCCCAAUCUCGCCAAGCUUUUUAGUGGCAAAAGAAAUGACAAGGAUCGGUAAGCUGCCUUUGAUUUUUUAGGCAUAUCUGCACCUGUUCCUAGAAGCUCCAAAGGCAAGUGAUUCCAAUCCAUAGAGGAAAAGAAAAGUUGAACUUCGACAUAAUUUUAGUAGUAGAAGAUAAAAGGCAAUUGACGAUGUCUUCAGAAUAAGUGAUCCUCUUCAGUGUUUCAUUUUGUUUUUACUUCAAUGAAGAGGAACUCCUCGUUAGUGUGAGACAUCUAAGCGUCGCAAUUUUUAGUUUUGUGGCUAUUGAUCUUGAUAAUGAAGUUACCUCACUGUUAUGGUUUCUGA